CUAGACAAGGUGAGACCUCUACAAAUAAUGUGGUUGAAUCCAGACACUACUGUAGCUCCGUACUCUGGGUGUAUCCCUGAGACUGGAUAUUCUUACAACACCCAACCUUCUCCAGCCUAUACUCCACCCCUGGAUAUACAUUCUAGAUAUUCUCCUCCUCUCUACAACCAGUACUAUGAUCCAUCCUACUCUACCUAUACGACACAGUAUCCAACCUAUUCUACAGAACACCCAGAGCAAAUCUAUCUUCCAACACCCUCUCCAUCCUAUGAAUCACAACCAUCUCCAGUGAGUGGAUCCGAGACAUCCAACCCUGGAUACGUUCUUCCAUCUCCUUCUCCGUCAUUCCCUUCUGAUACACCAUCUCCAGGUUCUGGCUGUACAGAGAGAAGUCCAACCCAUGUAACUGAUCUAGAUAGAUACAACUAUACAUAUCCAUACAUGGGAGAGGAUACAGGAUACUAUGGAUACAAUAAUAUCAAGGAGGAGCCUAGUACAGUGUACAUGUAUGGAUAUUCUCAACCCCCUGUAUCCAGUAUAUCAAGUACAGGUCCAACUAACUAUCUUGGAUUAGAUCUAAGUUUAUAUUCUCCGGAAUCUGAUCAACCCAAGAAGAGAAGAAGAAGAACAGUAAAGAGAACUCCAGUUAUCCAUACUUGUCCUCAACAGGGGUGUUCUAAAGUUUAUAACAAAGCAUCUCAUAUGAAAGCUCACAUGAGAACCCAUACUGGAGAGAAACCGUAUCUAUGUACAUGGCAGGGUUGUGGAUGGAAGUUCUCCAGGUCUGAUGAACUAGGGAGACAUAUGAGAAAACAUACCGGGAUCCGUCCUUAUAAAUGUAAUAUGUGUGAACGUGCAUUUGCAAGAUCAGAUCACCUUGCUCUCCAUAUCAAGAAGCAUUUGGAGUAAAAUUGAACCUGAAACCUGACUAAGAAGUACUUGGAGUACCGCGCUCCCAGAUUAUUUUAUCCCAAUAUCCAAUAUCCAGCUCUAAGAUGAACCCAGAUUUAUCUUACUACCUCUAGUCUUUCCUGGAUCUGAAGUUGACCGGUCCUUGUCGGCGCUCCUUCUGACCGGUCCCCGUUGUCGGUUAAUUAGCAAAGCUGCUGCCUUGUAUAAAAAUCAGAAGGUUUCAUCUGAGUUAAAAGAUGUAUAAUGUAUCUAUCUAUCUAUCUAACUAUCUAUAUAUAUUUGCACACUUCUGCACCUAAUAAAUUUUGAUCUCAUGUUAA